AUGUCCGAAAGCAAGGUGCGUCACACAAUGAAGGUGGACGAGCAGGCGACGGGUGAGGAGGAGGUGGACGAGGAGACGCGGGCGCUCGUGCGGCAGGAGUUCGGGCUGUACUCGCAGCUGAUGUCGCUGGGCGGCAUCUGGCCGGCGGGCGCCGCGGAGCCGGCGUGGAGGGCGGCGGCGCGCUGGCUGCUGCUGGCCAACUCGCUGCUGACGACGGCGUCGCUGGCGCGCGAGGCGGCGCUCGCCCGCCACCGCGGCGUCACCGACUUCGCGUGCCGCUGCGCCUUCGUGGUGAGCCUCGGCUCCAACAACGUCAUCAUGCUGCUGAUGCUGCUGCUGGACAUCUCGUACCCGGUGGACGGCCUGGUGGGGGGCCGCGCCAGACAGCUGCUGCUGCUGCUGGACCAGGCGGCCGUCGCCUUCAACCACAUGUGCUCGGUGGCCGCCUUCAACAGCAUGUUCGUCCACUUCGUCGUCAUAGCCUGCCAGCACCUGCAGCGCUCCAUCGACGACCUGACAGCCGACACCUGCGACAUCGUCGCCGUGGUGCGCCACCACCAGCAGAUACUCAGGUACAUUAAAGAGCUAGAAGACGUGUACUAUAUUAUCAUGCUUUGGGUUUUCCUUCCAAUGAUGGCGGUCAUGUGUCUCAUCAUGUUUGCCUUACUAACCAUUACAUCAGUGGACAUCGAGUUCCUUGAGAUGCUGGCGUUCUUUCUCAUUUACUUCAUCACCAACGGAGUGAUAUCCAUAUGUGGCAGCAUGCUGACUUCCAAGUUGCUGCAGGAGUCGUUCUCCUACCUGAUGGUGAUGCUGAGCCUUGUCAACGAAAAGGACAACGAGACGCAGCCAGCGGCCAUCCUGGAACCUGCCUCUAACCACAGCGCCUACUACUAACUCUCACCUGCUGCACUGCUGCUCAGUUCAGGCUGCCGCUCAACUGCGUUCUAUUGUAACAUGACCUUCAACAAGAGAAUUAUGCUUUCAC